CACGCCCGCGGCUUUGGCUCGCCUCUACCUCCACCUCCACGCCCCAUUACUUUCCACUCGCCUCCUGUCUUCCCUCCCCACCCACAUCUCCACCUUCUCCCUCCAUCUCCGUCCUCUCCGGCAGGCUUCGGUUGGCUUGCUCACUUCCACCAGCGGAGCGGAGCUGAGCUGCGGUGCGCGGGCGCCAUGGCCGCCGCCGCUUGCGCGGACGCGGACGCCGACGCGCUGGCCGCAGACAUCAUCUGCUCGCUGCGCGGGGCCGACCUGGCCGGGUGGACGCCGCCGUGGUGCAAGCCGGCGCCGUGUGAGGGGGAGCUGAUCUGGCCCCCGGUGGCGCGCGGGAAGCGCUCGCGCCGCCGGUCACCGUCGGCGGGCCCCGCGGCGGCGGGGAAGGGGAGGUGGGGCCGCGGCAGCCCGGCGUCGCCGCUCGACUACAGCGGCGGCUCGGGCUCCGGCGGUUCCACCAGCGGCGGCGACGACGGCGGCGGGUUCUGCUCGCCGGGCCACCGACUCGCGCCGGCGACAAAGGUGGGCUCCAUUGGACGGCCGCAGCUGCCCUUCCCGACCCCGACCUUCCCAACCCAGCCUACACGGGCCACCGGCCAGCGACCUCGGAAGAAAUUGAGGCUUCCGGAGGUCCAGCAACUGGUGCGGUCUCUUACGGCGGAGAAUGAUAGCCUCCGCGAGGAGAUGCGAGCUUUGCAGAGAGCUUGCAAGGCGCUGUCAAAAGAAAACGACAAGCUUGAGACAAGGUUAGUGCAAUCGGACUUGCCGAAUGAAAUCACAUCGAAGGACCAGAAAGGAAAGGAACAUAUUGAUGAACAGGUUAUGCAGUCCACACCAGACAGCUUCGUGCUACCAGAUCUCAACCUCCCCCCACAGGACACUGCAGAUGUAUCACCAGUUCAUUGAUCACUGCAGAUUGCUGCAACCUUAACCGAAUAACAAGUGUACAUAGAGGAAGCAGGGUAGCAGUCUAGAUGGCAGCGCAGUCACGUCAUCAUUUGAGAAUGACACAUAUAUGAUAAGUUGUUAUUAGAUCACAGGGUUUACUACCACUAUAGUCGUAAGUCAUAAGCCACAUCUGUAGCUAAAGGGAAAUCUAAUUUUAACUCACCUGACAUCGUUUUGGGUAGUGCAUCCGCAUAUGGUCAAGCUGAAGAUAGUUUCAGCUCAAACUGAUUUCCACACUAGUGGAUUUAGAUGAAUUUAUUCAUGUUAUUUCGUUCGAUGAAGAGAAUUUUACUUGUGAAGAUCUGACAUUUGUGAGGAAACUGCUAUGCUUA